AUGCGUUCCUCUAUGGUUUCCAUGCUCGGCGCCGCUGCCACUGUGGCCGCCGCCCCCAGCUAUGUCAUGUACUUUGACCAAUGGCACAAGGACUCUCUCCCCGACAAGAGCGUCACUGCUGGCGUCAACUACGUCAUCACCUCCUUCGCCACCUCCGAUCUGUUCGUCAGCGGUGCCACCUACACUCCCUUCAUGCCCCUGGACCAGGUCCGCGCCCUCUUCGAUGCGGGCACCAAGGUUUGCAUGGCCAUUGGUGGAUGGGGCGACACCGCCGGCUUCAGCACCGGCUCGGCCUCCGAGGAGUCUCGCAAGACUUAUGCUGCCAACAUCGCCGCCACUCUCGACCGUCUUGGCUACGACUGCGUCGAUGUGGACUGGGAGUACCCCGGUGGUAACGGCGAGGACUACCGCCAGAUCCCCAACGACCAGAAGGUCCAGGAGAUUGACAACUACCCCCUCCUUCUCAAGGCUAUCAAGGAGGCCAUCGGCACCAAGGAACUCUCCAUCGCCGUCCCCGCUCGCCCAGGUGACAUGAUUGCCUACACCAAGGAGAAGGUCCCAGAGAUUAACAAAUACGUCGACCACGUGAAUGUCAUGACCUACGAUCUCAUGAACCGCCGCGACAACGUCACCUCCCACCACACCGGCGUCAAGGGCUCCGCCCAGGCCAUCGACACCUACCUCGAGCGCGGCAUGGACGCCAGCAAGCUCAUCCUCGGCUUCCCCUUCUACGCCAAGUUUUUCACCACCAAGGCCGGCGUCAAGUGCACCGCCCCCACCGGCUGCGAGACCGCCGUCCUCGAGCUCCCCGACGGCAGCGACCCCGGCCUGUCCGGCGCCGUCACCUUCGAGACGGCCAACUGGGUCCAGGGCAGCGACUUCGUCAACGCCGUCACCAACGGCCAGGAGGACGCCGAGCAGGGCGGCCAGUGGUACUGGGACGAGGCCAAGAGCGUCUACUGGACCUGGGACACGCCCAAGCUCAUCGCCCGCAAGUUCGAGGAGAUUGUCAAGGCCAAGGGGCUGGGCGGCGUCAUGGCGUGGAGCUUGGCGCAGGACAGCCAUGACUGGAGUCACUUCAAGGCUCUGCAGGAGGGUGUCAAGGGUUUGAGCUCCUCGGCUGUUGUCACUCCCACUUCCACACCUGUCGUCACUCCCACUGCUACGCCUAUUGUUACGCCUACCACCACUGCCAUCGUCUCUCCUACUGCCACGCCCACCAGCAAGUGCGGGCGCCGCCGCAAGUAA